UGCUUUAGGCUCCGGCUGCGAGGAGCUACGUCCGUCAAGAGUCCGUAGCGUCUCGGACGUGGAAAGUGGCCCUGGGUCGGCCUCCUUCUUGUCCCCUCAGCCUGCCUACCCCGAGGCCGGGUCCCCAGGUGGCGGCGGCGGCGGCUGGGCCUGUCGCGGAGCGUUCUCUCUGCCCGAGUCCUGGGCCUGGGGGAACAGAGCGGUGAGGGAGCGACGCCCGGCCUGGCCCAGCCCCGGUCCAGCUCCGGCUUUCCCGGGAAUUGUGACGGUGGCCACAGGCCUCGCCGCGCUCACCCCAGCCUGGGGCGGGGCACGACCUCCCCGCCCGCGUCCCUGCCCCUUCUGCCUGCCUAGCGCCUGGUCAUUCCCUUCAGCCCAGCGGCGGCGUAACCGUCUCGCCCCUCCGGGACUGGGCAGUCCCCCGGCUCCGGCCGCUGGGGAACAUGGAGUUUGCGGAGCUGAUUAAGACUCCACGGGUGGACAAUGUGGUGCUGCACCGGCCUUUCUACCCGGCCGUCGAGGGGACCUUGUGUCUUACUGGCCACCACCUGAUCCUGUCCUCCCGGCAAGACAACACGGAGGAGCUGUGGCUCCUCCAUUCAAACAUCGACGCCAUCGACAAGCGGUUUGUGGGAUCACUGGGUACCAUCAUCAUAAAAUGUAAGGAUUUUCGAAUUAUUCAGUUGGAUAUUCCUGGAAUGGAGGAAUGUUUGAAUAUAGCCAGUUCCAUUGAGGCAUUAUCUACCCUGGACUCCAUCACUCUGAUGUACCCUUUCUUUUACCGGCCCAUGUUUGAAGUGAUAGAAGAUGGCUGGCAUUCUUUCCUUCCUGAGCAAGAGUUUGAACUCUACUCUUCAGCUACCAGUGAAUGGAGGUUAAGCUAUGUCAAUAAGGAAUUUGCUGUUUGCCCCUCUUACCCACCAAUUGUCAUAGUACCCAAAGCCAUCGAUGAUGAAGCUCUUCGGAAGGUAGCUACAUUUCGACAUGGAGGACGCUUUCCAGUACUCAGCUAUUAUCAUAAAAAAAAUGGAAUGGUUAUUAUGCGAAGUGGCCAGCCACUCACUGGCACAAAUGGGAGACGGUGCAAAGAAGAUGAGAAGCUGAUAAAUGCUACCCUCAGGGCAGGAAAGCGUGGCUACAUCAUUGACACCCGACCUCUAAACGUAGCUCAGCAAGCUAGAGCCAAAGGAGGUGGCUUUGAACAAGAAGCUCAUUAUCCCCAGUGGAGGCGGAUUCAUAAGUACAUUGAGAGGUAUCACAUUCUUCAGGAGAGCUUAAUCAAACUCGUGGAAGCUUGUAAUGACCAAACACAUAACAUGGACCGAUGGCUCAGUAGAUUGGAGGCCUCCAACUGGCUGACUCACAUCAAAGAGAUUCUGACAACUGCCUGUCUGGCAGCUCAGUGUCUCGACAGGGAAGGAGCAUCCAUACUGAUUCAUGGAACAGAAGGAACUGAUUCCACACUCCAGGUUACCUCCCUGGCCCAGAUCAUCUUGGAACCAAGAAGCAGGACCAUCCAGGGCUUUGAGGCCUUGAUAGAGAGAGAGUGGCUUCAGGCUGGUCACCCAUUCCAACAGCGCUGUGCACAGUCGGCCUAUUGUAGUAGUAAGCAGAAGUGGGAGUCGCCUGUAUUUCUUCUCUUCCUGGACUGUGUGUGGCAGAUACUUCGUCAGUUCCCUUGUUCAUUUGAAUUUAAUGAGAAUCUCCUCAUCCUGCUCUUUGAGCAUGCAUAUGCCUCACAGUUUGGAACGUUUCUGGGCAACAAUGAAAGUGAAAGAUGCAAGUUGAAGCUACAGCAGAAAACGAUGUCUCUAUGGUCUUGGGUCAACCGGCCCUGUGAACUGAGUAAGUUCACCAACCCUCUCUUUGAAGCCAACAAUCUUGUCAUCUGGCCUUCGGUUGCUCCACAGAGUCUUCAGCUGUGGGAGGGUAUUUUUCUGCGUUGGAACAGAUCUUCCAAGUAUUUGGAUGAAGCAUAUGAAGAAAUGGUUAACAUCAUUGAAUAUAACAAGGAAUUACAAGCAAAAGUAAAUAUCCUUAGGCGGCAGUUGGCAGAACUGGAGACUGAGGAUGGGAUGCAGGAGAGCCCCUGAAUUCCAGAUCCCCUGCAGCCCUCGGAGGACAGUCCGGACUGGUAUGCCAUCUCUCUCUCCCUUGCCCUUCAGUUCACUUUCACACAGUAGCUUAAGCUUAAGGCUUUAGAUAUGAGAACCUUCUAAUAUAAUGGACUCCUCAAAAUUUUAUGAAUGGAACUUACUAUAAUUAUUCAUGUUUCAUGUGGCCUGUUAGGCCUCUUCACUUUGGAAGCAGGAAGGAGGUGCUAGUCAUUUUAUUUUACAUGAAACAAGUGACCUAUUUAAUGCCAUAUGUGUUAUACGCCAUUUCACCCUAAGCUUUUCUCUGCAUCCACUUUCCAGACCAGUCAAGGAUAUGAUUAAUCUCUUAGGGAAUAUCUGUUAGCUUAAAAAAAAGGAUCAGACUUUGAAGCACUCCAAAUAUAGAAAUAUUUUUCAAACCUGAAAUGGUUGGUAAACGAAGAAUUUUGUGUUUAACAUGCCAUUUCCAAUAUCUUUGCCACAUAAAAACACCAUUCUCUUUAAAAUAGUUUUGGACUGACAGCUGAAUUCAUCCUCAUUCUGAUUUGUCAAGAAAACAAAAGCUGAAUAUUUAUUCAAGGUAAAUUAUUUUUACAUGGGCAACAGCUAUAGUCCUCUGAUAUUUACAUUAAGAAGAAGUAAAUUUAUUGUAACAGACACUAAAAUGUGUGCAAUAUAGAAAUAAAGUAGGAAUUUGUUACUGAUAAGGUAUCUUUAGUGUUGAAUUGGCUUUUUAGGGUUUUGACACAGAUGUUAAAUGUGUGUCAAAUGCUGGAUGUAAUGUUAAACCGUCAUUUAGAAUAGAUGUUAAUUUGUUAUGAUUAAGCUACAAAUACGGUUUCCUUAAACCAGAGAUGCACCGCCCUUGUCUGAAGUUCUUACUGCACUGGUUUAUGUACAGAUAUGUGUGUUUUAUUGUGUUUUGUUUUAUUUUUAAAUAUUCUAAGAGUUCACUAAUACUAAGGUUAAAAUUUUCUUAUUGUCUUGAGCCUUUUGAACAUUUAUCUUGACUCUGCUGAUUUGUCCAUUAUAUGUUAGGCAAAUAAUAAUUUAAGUGGAGGUGAAAGUUUAUGAACGUGAUGCAGCUAUGUUUUAAACUUCAGAAGCCAAUUUGAAAUGUUUCAAUGUUACAGAAACAAUGACGACUGUAUUUAUGUGCUAUGCUGGUUUAUGCCUGCAAUUCUAAAAGUUUGUGGUUUGGUGCUUUCCUUAUACAUUUUUGUUUUGUGGCACAGGUCAUUUUAACAGAUACUGUCAAUUCUAGUUUUCCUUUAAAAGGAUAGUUGAAGGGCAAUCUUUAAUACCGUUUCUAUCCCAUCUAUAUGUAACCAUUUCAUUGUAAAACACACCAAAACUGAACCCUGCUUUAGGGCUAUGUAUUGAGUUAAAAUUUUAAUUCUUCAAAAUCAACUGUAGCAAAAUCUAUAGCCACAUUCAGAAACCUUAGAAAGUGGCAAAUACUUUCUAUCUCCAGUUGCCCAAACUUUUUUUUUUCUGUUUCCUUAGACUUGUAGCAAAAGGCUAGACAGCAAUCCACAGUUAGAGCUCUCUUUUGGUAAAUUUGUCUGCUUUCUCCUCUAAGCCCAGUUUUAUUCGUGACCUGUUUUGUUGGCUAUAGUUAUGAAUCUGGGGCAUUAAAGCCCUCACAUAAAGGCUAAUAAGGCAAGGAGCAAAGAAGAUAUACUUUCUUGCUGUAGAUAUCUGUGUGUUGUGUGAAAUGUCUAUUAAUUUUUUAAAAGAGGAAACACCCUAGCAUUUUAUGGAUCCUCAAAAUUGAAGAAGGAGCCUUUUUCUGCUCAGUUAAUGGACCCAUAAGAAAAACCAUUUAGAGAUUUUCUUUUAGUGAUUCUUUAGAAGUGACUCUCACUGAUAAUAUUAAUUGGCCAUAAGGCUUCUGUGGGUGGAAACUUUGGAGGGAUUUUUUAUUAGCUUUGGUCAUGGAGAAAUUGUAUGCCAUCAACUUAUACCUGUCUUCCUGAUGAACAUUUUACAUGUGAGCCAGAGUACAAUAAUAGCAUAGUGUUUCAAUUUCUUUUUCUUUCUCUUAUUGAGACAGCAAUCAUAAGCUGUUUGGACAAGUUUGUGUUUUAGCGUUAAUUUAUAAUUAGGGAUUGUCCAAACCUCAGUUCUGUUUACAGGGUGUAAAAACAAACUUUGGUAUCAAUGCAAUUUCAAAGGGGUCAUCUAAUAAGACAGAUACUAAGGUUUCCCCAAACCUGAGAACUCUGUCAAAGACAAGUGCUUUAUCAAUAUAAUUUGAAGAGGGUUUUUAGUAAUACUAUUAAAUUACUCAUCCCUUGGAUGAAAAGAAUAAUUACAGUGGAUAUACUUAUGAGAAGCUACUUAUUAAAGGUUAAGUUUGGAGAAUUGUCUUUGAUAAAUAUGGCUUUAAAAACUUUAAUGAAGAAAAUGAUGGCCGAAUUAGUGAGCAUGUGGAUUACCCCAUUACAAGCCAAUAAUAAAAUGAGAUAUAAUCAAGUUCGUGUACAUUAUUGUGUACAUUUUUGGAAUGCAAAAAAGUAAGCCCCACAAAGAAUAUUUUAAAAAUAUUGCUACAGUACAUGGACGCGUAGAUUUAAAUUAAUAAUUUUUCAAAAAUCAGAAGAACAUAGUUUGUUGGUUAUAUAAAAAUGCUGAAACUUUUUGGGUGGUCUAAGACUUUUCAGUAGUUUGAAAUUUUUCAUUUUGAUUUUAUUAAAUGGGAAGAAAACAAGCAGAAAUUUUAAGACACCUAUAAAUUUUUUUAUUUCUAAGAAAAAUUAGGCCUUUGAAGCAAGUUUUUAAAGUGAUUUUUGGGAAAACUUUGGAAGACAAUAGAUAGUCAUUUAAGAUCCGUAUGGAGAAUUUUAAAACUUUUCUUUGAAUUCUAAAGCCUGAUUUUGUAGAGGUGAUGUGUCACUGCUUUUCAUUUUAAAGGAUGAAAAUUUAGUGAGAUUUUAGUCUUUGAUUCAGUCAGCAUUUAUGUUAAAUAAAAAAGUCAAUAUCAUGGAAAAGAUUUGACCAGUAAUUGUUUCUUGAAGUGAAAAACGGGGAACAUUUUGCUACAUUUAAAAAUAAUCUGCUUAAAGAUGUAACUCUUAAAGUUAUCUGGUUUCAAGAUUAGCUGUUUUAAUUGUCAGUUAUAACUAAGUCAUCAGGUUCACUUACUAUCAGACCUUAACCUGAGACACAGUUUUGGUAUUUACCCAUAUCCAGAUUUAAUGAAUUAAAACAUGAGUCUGUUAGGAGGACUCUUUAUAAGAGAGGUAUUUCCUGGACAAAAAAUGGGCAAUAUUUAGAACAGUUAGUCCCCUGGUUCUGGAAGCUUUGAAAUUUACGAGAGAAUGAAGUCAUUCAUUCAGUACCUCUGAUACAGGUUUACUCUAUACCUCAGGACAACACAGAUUAAUUCUUAUUCUUUAACAUGGCUCAGAUCUUCCCCCUCCAGAGCUGGUACAAUAAGUUAUUAUAGUAGUAUUUUUGUGUAAUUCACUAUCUUAACAAAAAACAGUAGAAGACUGGUUUCUACAUUAAUAUUUAUUCUCAGAUGGUAUGAAAUGCUAAUUUUUGCUUUCUUGAAUAAAAUGACUUAUGCCUUCACUCAGUCCUUAUAAUCUACUGUCCACAGCAUUUUCUUCCUUUAAACCAAAAGCCAAGAAGAGACCUUCUGAAACUCUAGGGCUAGGUUUUAGAAAGUCUGAACUUGUAAUCUAAGUUCCCUUUAAAAUAAACUAAUGUCCUAUUUUUGAACUACAGUGCAGAACUGUAGUUUCUGCUUAAUUAAUGAAAAAUAACGGGGCUCACUGCGGACACUACAUUGUCGUGGAAAAUACUUCAUGAUGAGAGCUUACUGUCUUCUAGGGCCGUUCUGUUUAUCUCUGAGUAUACAGAUUAAAUAUAUUUGUGAUUUGUAAUAAAAACAAGUUGUGCAACACUGCCUGUGUCUGUCUGCCCAAGACAUUUGCUUCACUUUUUCAAAUGCAUGUAUGUUUGGAGAGGUGGAUUAUUCUACACAAAUACACUCUUGAGUUCUGCUUUUUAGAAUCCUUAUAGAUCUAUUAUCAUCUACACUGAAAGUGUUGUAUUUGCACAACUUAGUUAUUUAAAAAAAAUAAAUUUAAAAAGAGUAUGUAUUUCUUCAGUAGCCAUGUAUUUCAACUGUACUCUUGAUAUAUUUGAAUGUGACUCCUGGAUUUAAGUGCACUAUUAUUCGUGUCUUACACAAUAAAACUGCACUGUAUGGCAAAUGUGUCUGUAAUGUAUGCUUUGCUAAAACCUCAGAGUGCUAUAAUGUACAGGUUUCUACAUGAUGAACCUGUCAGCAUAUAGGGGAAAUCCUGAACUUCUGUUAAGUCUGUGUAACAUUUUAAUAUUAUUUGUAAUGUUCCCUUAAGUGGUAAGUUCACUUAUGUUCUAAGACUGGAAUCAUUUAUCUUGAGUUGCUGCUUUGUCGUGCUUGGUUUACUGAAUCAAACAAACGUGUGGAACAUGGUACUGUUAUCUUAGUAUGUAAGAUUUAUGUGUCAUGUUCUCCCUCUGCCUCAGAGGACUGUUGCACAGACGCUAGUGUUAAAUAUCUAUAGACAAUGGUAAUAAACUUUGAAUACAUUCAAA